CACCUGGCACGCUGCCGUGGCUGCUUAUCUGCUCACUCACUGGCCUGUCCGUGGUUGUCGUCGACUGCGACUGCGGUGAAUCCUCGGCAGCCCAUCCAAAUUGGCCAAAAAAUAUUUGAGCCUACUCUGAUUUAUGCUACGGAAGUCAUCCAAUAUUAUAUCAAAAUAUAAUUUUAGUCGCAUUUUCUUCGGAAUCUUCUGUUCUUCCCAUGCGUAAAGAAGAUGCCUGUCAUGCUGUUGGAGACGUCAUCUAGUCUGCUAGUCGACCAACUCGGAGGAGCCUCUCAAUAGCAGCAAGUGUGGAUUCUAAUGUCUCAACAAGGAUAUGCAUCAGUGACCGUUGACAGCCGUGCAUUGAUCGAUAAAAUUCUUGCUCGCUAUUCUGGCGAGUUCACUGUAUUCCGCGAACUGCUUCAGAAUUCAGACGAUGCUGGAUGUGACACCGCCGAAAUCCGCUUCGAGACUGCUAGGUUCUCAAGUUUGGAUCCUAAAGCAGCGAAGAACGCUGGGCCGCCCAAGUUGUCCGACUUCAAGACAACAAAUGUCGCGCAAUGGACAUUCAAAAACCACGGGAAACCGUUCACACCACAAGAUUGGGGCCGACUACCAAAGAUUGCCUUGGGAAAUCCAGACCCACAGAAGGUCGGCGCAUUCGGUGUCGGUUUUUACAGUUUGUUUUCUGUUACAGAAAGUCCAUAUGUAGCAUCCGGGGAUAAGGAGAUGGAGUUCUCGUGGAAUGAAGAAAAUCAGCUCCACUACCGAUUUGGCGACAUCCCCCAAACAGCGACUAGGAAUCUAUGGACAACAUUCAAGAUGCCACUACGAGAGGCUGCCCCAAUGCCACCAGUUUCGGAAUUAAUGCAGUUUCUUGCAUCAUCCAUCACUUUCAUGGUUGAUCUGAAGGAUGUGACUGUGUUUUUUGAUGAUUAUCCUGUGGGACAGAUUAACAAAUCCCUGGGACAGUCUCAAGCUAUUCCUAUUCCUGUGGAGCUAGUGCGGUGGACCCCCGAGAAGAACUUGAUCGUGAAGUCCGUUGAGCGACAUCCCAUCACGAUUAAAGCUAGAAUCAGAUAUGAGCCUAUGCGAAUGCACGAGACAAAAAUGGACCUGACUGUGUUCACAGCGGAAGUGGAUGUCAAUACCAUUGAGAAAUUGUCCAAGGAGCUGAAUCGGUGUACGAAAAAGAAUCCGCCUUCUCGCCUCAAGUAUAGUUUGAUCUAUACCGAUAAAGAUGAAUAUGAUCAGAAUCACAUAAACGAACAGAAACACCUUCGUGAUUUCCCAUCUCCUUUCCGAGGGCUUCGCGCCGAUCUGGAUGGAGCUACGUCCACACGAGUUUUCAUCGGUCAUGCUACCGCACAAACGACAGGCAUUGGAGGUCACAUGGCAUCACACUUCAUCCCCACUGUAGAGCGUGAAUCCAUAGAUUUAGUCGACAGAAAUGUUGCUGUCUGGAAUAGGGAGUUACUCUAUGUUGGAGGUUUCUUAUGUCGGGCGGUGUACGACUUGGAGCUCUCCAAGAUUCAAAGUUCGUGGGAGGAUGCAGCUGCCGAUAAAUUACAUUCACGCGCAUCCAGAGAGUUACAGGAUCAACGCUUUAUCCACAUUCUCAAAUUCUUCACAUUUCGUCCUUCCACACCCUCGUCGAAAGUCGCACAAUUAUUAGCGGACUCAUUCUAUGGAUGUUCUCCCCUCCCUUUGAGGCUUCUCUCAUCUGUUGGCGUACACGCAGCUCCCGACAUAAGAUUGUUCGACUCGGGAGUGGCCAGAUUUCUCAAGUCCUUACCGAUGCUCUCAGAAGACGUCGCACGAGACGGUGCACACUUCAUUACAGCACUUCCACAUCAACACAAAAUCCCCAAGAUAGCGAUGUCAGACGUUUUACAAGGUCUACGUUGCCAUACCCUGGAUGUUGAAGAGCUGGUCGCAUGCCUUCGUUGGUGUAUAACCUGGCGUGGUAAUUUGACAUCAAAUAUGGCUGACCUAUUGGACGCAGCUACUUUCCACCGCCCAGGUGGAGCGAUACGCCUAUCGUCGAUAACCUACUUCGUUGACCCAAAAGUUCUUGGAUUCUACAUCCCAGCCGACGGACCACUUCCUCUGUUUCUCAUCCCUCUUAGCGUCAGCAAGCAUUUCGGUUGCGCGGAGCUUGCUACCUUCGGUUGGAAAGAGUUCACUAUUACCUCAUGGCUACAACACUUAUCACGACCCGAUGUCAUGUCGGCCAAUGAGAAAUACGACUUUACUCGGUCGGUUGACUGGGCUAGCCGUGUUCUCCGUACCCUUUGCCGUGUAUGGUCUCAACUUUCUGAAGAUAUGCGAAAUAAAUCAAGGGAAGUCCUCAGAAACAAGCCAUGCAUCCCUACAUCUAAGGGCUUGUGUUUUCCGGAAGGCUCUUAUCUUCCUAUCGCAGAUAAUUCUCUGUUUUAUCACCUUGACCUGCCGAUAGUCGGCCGUGAUUCAGGAUUUGAGGUUGACGAGGGUAUGAAAAGAUGCCUUUCCUUCAUUGGAGUUAGGAGGAGUCUUCCAAUCCAGUUUCUUUUCCAUCAAAUGCUGUCGACGGGAGAGUGGACUGUGUUCGACUUGGUUGACUAUCUCGCCCAAUUGGGACCCGAGUUGACAUCCGAGGACAUCUCUGCUCUCAAAUUGGCCGAAAUCUUCACGAAAGAAAGUUUCCAGAGCAAUGAAGAGAAUAGUCGUCACUGCGCUGAUGAACUCUACCCGCCUGUGGACAUCUUCCGGAGCCUCCGUCUACCGGUGAUCGAAUGGAACGCGAAAUCGGAAUGGAGUGAUACAUCACCCCAAGCCCGACUGCUGUACCGUCUCGGUUUGAAUCACUUCCCACCUCUCCCAAAGAUUGUGGAACUCUGCUCAUCAAAGGAUAAUGGGGUCCAAGAGACUGCAUUUGUUUACCUGUGCCGUGAACUUCAUUCGCAGUACCGAGAUUAUAGACCAGAGGACUUCUGUGACGUGGAAUUCAUUCCUGCAGAGAGCAAAGAUUUUACUUGCUUGAAGAAGUUGGGAGAAGUAUACACCGGUACCCAGUGGAAGGCAUUAGGCUUUUUUGUGGUACAAGACCGAUACCUGAGCGCUCUGAGCGCGCCCUUGCAUCAACUAGGUGUAAUGCAACAUCCUUCGAGGUCAAAACUUCUGGAGUCACUGGAGAAGAACCCCCCGCCCGAUGAAAAAACUGCUGACGGCUGGUUUGAAAUUCUAUUUGACCAUAUGUCAAAUUUCUUACCUUCUGAUUUCCUCAAACUGUCUGAGUUGCAGAUAGUUCCGACGGGUCCAUCGAGUGCUCCGAGAUUACUUUCCCCAUCCAAAUGUUACCUUGAUAAAGGUACAAAGCCAGUACUUUAUGGGAAACUGUUCGUCUUUGUGAAUUUCGGCACCAAAGCGAACCAUUUCCUAUCCACUUGUGGUUCGAAGAGCAAAGUGUCAAUACAAGACGUUGCGGAGGUACUGACCGAAAACCCCGGGCGAUUCUUCGAGCUCGCAGGAGGUUAUGAAGGGUUCUUAGUCGAGCUGCGAAAGUUGGCCUACCAGAGCCAGGACAUUUCCAACAAUACUCUGCAUAAGAUGAGCCACACACCUACCCUGCUUGGUGUGCGUCGGAAGAAAAAUGAGGACCAAGCCGUAUGGGAGUACGAUCAUCAGUUCCUGACUUAUGAGGGGGUGACUAUUGUCGAUGACAACAUCGACUACCAGCUAUUUGGAGAUUGUCUCUUCGUCGCUCCCCAAGGGGAAGAACUCCAACGCUUCUACGCAUCGCUCGGGUGCAGUUAUCUGAGCACGAUCGUUAGAGAGAGUUGCCAUGAUCUCCAUGAAAUACCAGCUACCAAGACCUGCGCCGAAGUCCAAUCAUUGAUUCUUGAGCGGCUCCCCUUGUUCAUUCAAAAUUAUCCAGAUACAAAGCCUAAAAUUACAAUCCCUUCUAGCCCGGAUCACCUCAAAGUCAAGGCAUGUAAAAGGAUCCGCGUUUCCAAGACUCUUGUGAACAGGAACGUGAAGCGAACAAGAGAUGUAUGGACAAUCGUGAGGCGUGAAGACGACUGUAUAGUGUUAUGGAUUUCCAAAACGCAAAAGCCCGACAUGUAUCAAGUUGCUACAUCUCUCUGUCGACUGUUAUUUGGAACAAAGAAGAUGAACGCUACGGUACUCCUUGAGACGAUCCUUUCGGUGGGCUUGGAAUCUUUGGAGCGCAGAGGUUUUCUUGUUGAUCAAAUUUCUCAACAACGCAGAGAUGAGUACGGAGUGAGGAAUAAGGCGCGGAAAAAGGAUUUUGUAGGUUCCGCUUCGACCACUAAUUCUCCGCAACAAUCUACAUUGAAUACUCAGUCUGAUCCCCGAUUGGGUGAAAGGUCGCCUGGAAGUCCCGAAACCACCCCGCAGUUCCCAUGCCUUCCCAACACUGCUAACAGCACCUUAUUGAAGGUUCACGAGGCAUCCAACGCUUCUGGUGAACAGCCCUUAGACACAGUUGGGCAUUCUACCUCUCUCCCCCUCUCUCGGACUUCGCGUGAGGUGAUCUCGCAAAGUUACAUCCGGAACAAUGUAGAGAAAGCCAUCAACGCAUGUAGCUUGGGAGGGGAAAAGUUAGCUAUUGACGCAGGGGUGAGCCAGUCCUUGAGUAGCGGCUUCUGCAAGGCGUCUGCAGACGCCGGAAGUCUGCGUUCCAUUGGACAAGUGAAUAAUAUUCAAGUCUGUCUGGUUGAAGGCAUGCCCAACUCUAACACAUUUAUGGAACGCAUGCACGGCCCGCUUGCUCGCUUCGUAGACAUCAUCAUCACUCUCUCCGAGAUAUAUCAUUUCCCAACAACAACCUUGCGUAUUUUCUAUGACGUUUCUGGAGGGUGCAUUGCAUUCAAUUGCCAAGGGAUCAUCUACCUCAAUCUGCGAUAUUUUGAGGUUUGGCAUGAUGAGCAAGUAAAAAACGGGAACCGACAGAACGCUCAAAUGUCAUGGUUCCUUGCUCUUGCCCACGAGAUCGCACAUAACGUGACUGAUUUGCACAAUUCCGAUCACGAGUUUUGGUUUUCGGCAAUCUGUGAAGCACGCCUCGUUGCGUUUUCACAGCUCUUGCGACCAGCUAACACUUGGCUCCGUUACGUACCGUGGCUGAGCUUCAUACUUAUUAUGUUGUUCGCGUACCUUGUCAAACGUAUCGCUCCAGUGACCAGUGUACUUCACUAGACUUAUAUUCUUAAUGAAAUCCCACCAGUUAGACCUUUGACAAAGGAG